AUGUCUUUGAGUUGUUAUCUUCGCUUGCCUAUUGGACUGAUCGUUGUGCUGUUUUUAUGCACACAGACCUUUGGACCUCCUGUGGCGGAGCAGCAGAUUUCGGAGUCCAUACGUUCGAUCACUGCCCAGUACAAAAAACUUGUGGAGAGGGCGAUAAAUGAAACAAUGCGAAGUUUGAUGGAUCACUUGGAUUCCAACCGCGACGGUCAGAUCCAGCUGGAGGAGUUUCAAAGUCUUGCGGCCGCCGCGCUCCAGAGGGUCCGGAAUGUGAGGCCAAUAACACAGGAAAUUGGUCUUGCUUUUUCCCAUAUUACAUGGACAGAGCUGAUGUGGCGGUAUUUUCUACUGCAGCUACUUUUUUUAUUCUCCCUUUUUUUAUUGGAAAACCUGCGGUGCCUCAUAUUUACUGCCCCGCGCAGGCUUCUUCUGGAUGAUUCAUACUUGACAACGACCCCGCCCGAGGUCGGUCCCGAGAUCGCAUUGACAUACGACACCCCUUGGACCACGUAUGAGCGACUGAAGAUGGCGUUCUUUGCCGCAACCGGUCUUUUGUUCUUGCGUAUCUUUUUUUUACUUUUUUUUGCCGUACUCGCGACAUUUUUUAUGAGCCUCUGCGGCUGGCGAGGUCGAACGCGUCGUGGCAAUCCGCUUUGGUUUGCGGUGUGGAGCAACGCAGCCACUGUACUUGCUCAUAUUGGCUCCGUCUUUGCUGGGGUAUAUCAUAUCAAGGUGUUUGGAAGAUUUGCAGAUGCAUCUGAAUGUAAGGUAAUGAUCGGCAACCAUUCAUGUAUCAUGGAGGUUAUUAUUCUCUUUAUAUUGGGGAACUUUCCGUCGUUUGUGACACGGAAGGAGAACUGUGAGAAAGUUCCAUUCUUUGCGGACGUUGCUGAAUGCCUGAGUGCCAUUAUAGUGGACCGUAAAGACGUGAACUCUCGACAGCAGACUGCAGAUGCUAUUCGAGCACGUGCGAAGGACCGGAACCCCAAGUCCCCACAACUUCUUGUUUUUCCGGAGGGAACCACGUCCAAUCAAAGGGCACUUUUUAUGUUUAAACAAGGCGCCAUGGUGCCUGGGGAGCCGUUGCAGAUGGUUUGCGUGAGCUUUCCCUACAAACACUUUAAUCCAUGCUGGACGGGACGUCCCUGUGGUGGAAACAGCUUUAGUGAUCUCUUGAUGCGCUUAUGCUCACAGUUUGUGAACCACUUGGAGGUGCGGGCCCUGCCGGUAUACACACCGACAGAGGAGGAAAGAAAAGACCCAGCUUUAUACGCGAAACAUUGCCAGCAGAUGAUGGCUACCGUUCUUCGCUGCAGUGUCAGUUCCUGUAAAUACAGCGACUACGAAUCAAUUUCAACAGGGAAAUCUCGCUCCUAG